UUUCUGUCCAGGACUGAUGUAAGAUAUUGGGAUAUUGAACAGCAGCCUUUGUGGAAAAAAAUGUCCUACUGUACCAAAGAGAGAGCUUGCUCAGAUUUGGCAAAGCCUCCAGUAAAUGAACCGAGGGAACCGGAACAGUUUCUAAUGCAGGCACCCCAGGGAAAUCCACUGCUGCUUUCCCACACCUUACAAGAGCUAUUGAGCAAGGAUAGCGUGCAGGUGGAGCUUAUACCUGAGAAGAAGGGCCUUUUUCUGAAACAUGUGGAAUACGAGGUUUCCAGCAAGAGAUUCAAAUGCUCAGUCUACAGGCGAUACAAUGAUUUUGUGGUGUUCCAUGAGAUGCUGCUUCAGAAGUUCCCGUAUCGUAUGGUGCCAGCACUUCCACCAAAGAGGAUGCUGGGAGCUGAUCGAGAAUUUAUAGAAUCUAGGAGGAGAGCACUGAAGCGGUUUAUAAACCUGGUGGCUCGACAUCCCCCUUUCUCGGAAGAUGUGCUCUUGAAACUCUUUCUGUCCUUCAGUGGCUCAGAUGUACAGAAUAAGCUAAGAGAGUUGGUCCAAGGAGUAGGAGAUGAAUUUAUGACCUGCAGAUUAGCUACCCAGGCCAAGGACUUCCUUCCAGCUGACAUACAGGCCCAGUUUGCUGCCAGCAGGGAGCUCAUCAGAAAUAUUUAUAAUAGCUUUUAUAAGCUUCGGGACCGUGCGGAGAGGAUAGCUUCUCGAGCCAUUGAUAAUGCCUCAGAUCUCCUCAUAUUUGGAAAGGAGCUAAGUGCUUUGGGCUCAGACACUACGCCACUUCCUUCCUGGGCUGCUUUGAAUAAUAGCACGUGGGGGACUCUGAAACAAGCCUUGAAGGGUCUGUCUGUUGAAUUUGCACUUCUGGCAGAUAAGGCUGUGCAGCAGGGUAAACAGGAAGAGAAUGAUGUGGUGGAGAAGCUGAACCUUUUCCUGGAUUUGCUCCAGUCCUAUAAAGACCUGUGUGAAAGACAUGAGAAGGGGGUAUUGCACAAGCACCAGCGAGCAUUGCAUAAGUACAGCAUGAUGAAGAAGCAGAUGAUGAGUGCCACUGUGCAGAACAAAGAACCAGAAUCAGUGGAGCAAUUGGAGUCUCGGAUCGUGGAGCAAGAAAAUGCUAUCCUAACCAUGGAGCUGCGGAAUUACUUCUCUCUGUAUUGUCUGCAUCAGGAGACACAGCUUAUCCACAUCUAUCUGCCUCUCACGUCUCACAUUUUGGGGGCCUUUGUCAACUCCCAGAUCCAGGGUCACAAAGAGAUGAGUAAAGUUUGGAAUGAAUUGAAGCCGAAGUUGAGCUGCCUCUUUGUGGGAUCUAGCAAUAUGCCAACUCCACCAUUGUCACCUCCAGAGGGAAACUUCUUCUCCAAUUAAUGCUCUGAGCAUCUAGCAUGGAGCAAGAAGUGCAAUCAAGGAAGGGGUGGGACCUCUACCUCCAGAUGUUAGGAUGAAUCCUCCAAACAGCUAUUUUUUUUUGUUUUUUAUUUUAAUACCGCUGCUUUGAGCUGCUCUCUGAUUUAGACUGUAUGUGGGGCAGAACAUACAGAUAUAAAGACAAUCCCUUAAUUUUGAAAUGCUCUGGGGCAGAGCUGAUGCUCCUUGUCCUGCAGAUGCUCUUCGUGGGGUCAGGGUGUGACCUGGGGCAGCGUGUGCUGCAGUGUUGUUGCUGGUGCCUCUGCAUCUUUUACUAACAGUCCUCCGAUAACCUUUAUCUGCACACAUCCUGACGCAUCUCUGCAGUGCUGAGACGAACAGGAUGUGUGAAGCACUUGCUUGUAGUAGAGACGGAUUGCCUUGUAAGCUUGGGAGGGCCUGUGUUAGGGGCAUAUGUGCGUAAGAAAGGCUGAAAGCUGUCUCCUGUCCCACUGAUAGGUGUCUGGAUUUGAUUUCUUACUGCUAGACUUUAGCACACAAUAUGUGAACGCAGUGGUCGGGGUCACUAACCCAGCUGGGCAGGGGUUAGUGCUGCUGUGUGACAGGAAUUUUCCCAGUGAGGCCAGGCAGACUAUUGUCAGCAUGUUUCCGUUCACGGUUGCAGGGCAGCCUAGAGACUUGCUCGUAUUUUUCAGUUUGGGGCCAAAGACAACUGGGUUCAGGAACUCAGAGGAGUUUGCCUGGCACAAAUGAAAAAAUAAUUGAAUAAAACACUCCUUAAUUGUAAACCAAUCACGCUGUAAGAGAACAGCUGCAAGGUAGCUUGUUUAUUUUCUUCUGGAGGUUCUGACAUCUAUCUGUUGAGGAGCUGUUUAGGGCUAUUGGAGAGCUGCUGACCCGAAGGCUGGUGUUUUCUUUGGUCUGGUAUCAGAUGAAGUAUCCUGUUACAGCAGCAGGCUGGGACACAAUGCUGAUGAAGUUCAUUAGCAAAAAAUCAGUAUUUAUCAGGAUGUUACUGUCAUUCUUUUUUUCUGGCCGUGGGUAGCAUUGGGGUGUGUUUGUGAAGGAGAGAAGACAAUUAAGUGACAUUUCUCUAUCUUUCUAAAAAUAGCAGUCCUUGGUAAUGGGGUUUUCAGAAUAAUUUGUUACUGUGAUAAAGGGACUAAACAUUCUCCACGUUUCACUUUUGCAUCUCCAGUGACUUUCCCUCUUGAGGCAGAGGGUAGGGAGAGGACAACUUGCAUGUCAUAUUACCUUAGGGGAAAUUCUGCAUAUCCUCCAGAGAAACUGAUAACCGAAGAAACUGCAGACGUAUGCAGCAAAACUCCACAUGAAGAGACUCCCCUGAACCUAACUUCUCUGGGGCCAAAAUAGCUGCCAAAGGGGAAUUUGAGACUUGGCUUCUUAGAGAAAGAAAAUAUCUUUGAGUGGGUAAAAAGGAAGUACCUUAACAAGGAUGAGUGCUUGCUGUCAAACUGGAACCAUUACAGUAUUUUCCCACUGGAGAACUUCCCCAUUAGCAGGAAAUAUAUUUAAAUCCUCCAAUCACAAAAGCUUUUUUUUUUUUUUUCUAGAAAAUUCAGUGCAACAUAAAACUCUUCCUAGUGCAGGUGGAAAUUGUGGGUUAUUUUUUUCAGCUAGGAGCAAGAUACUAAGUUACUUGCCCAGGUUCAUGGGACUGGCAUAACCAUUACACACACCCCUCAAAAUGUGGUAAAGUGAAGUUAUGUGGGUGAAUUUCUUGGGUGCUGGGCCUUAAGCAGUGUGUAGGGUGUCUUGUUUACCAACCUUGCUCAGAAGGCAUUAUUAAGAGCUUUUUAUAGCAAUUCAAAUGUUAACUCGCUUCUGAGUCUUUCCUCCUGCCUAUUGGCUUUGUCCAGUGAGACAAAUUAACUGCAAAUGGCUGUGACAGAUUUGAUUCUCUCUCAUGAAGAUUUCCAGAGUGAUGCAGAAGAGAUUCUACUCACAAGCCAGAGCAAACUGGCUGGGGAGGGAAAUAUUUCUGCAGUACAGGAAUAAAGAUGAUACUAUCUUAGGAAUGGCACAGAAGGUUUUUUCUGCUUGACCUUGUCUUGAUUAGGAGUGUAGUCUGUGCUCAAAGUUCAGAAAGUGUGUUACCAUAUUUUUUAAAUGCUCUUUGCUCCUGGCAUCUUUAGAAGGUGCUGGCUGGUUAUGGCCUGUCAUUUGCUUAUUCUCAAUAACCAUCUUCCCUCAUUCAGCCUUCUUUGCCUGAUGUGGUGAUCAGUCAAUUAAGAAAAUACUGUAUGUUUUGGGGUGAGAUCUGAUACCUGUAUGAGGGAUCUUCUACAUAACUUGUCUGGCUGGGGAAGAUGACUGGGCUAUGUUCUGUAGGAGCACUUGCGAAGUAUUAGCCAGAAUGGAACUUUACACUUCUUACAUUUAGAAAAAAGUUAUGAUUUUGGACUUGUUUG